CCCCGAAGAAAGAUAAAAUCCCCCACUUUAAUUUAACAACACUCAAAACUCCCCUCCCAAGAACUCUACACAUGAAGCUCGCUUGCUUCUUAACCGUUUAGUCACCAUAAUUAAACCAUUUCAACUCAUCUGCUCUGCUGCACACAAAAAGAGAUAAAAAUAACACACACUAACACACACACUGAAGGUGAAAUAGAGCAGAGCUCGGUGCUCUAAUGGCGACGGAGCUAUCGACUAGCUUUCUCUGCCAAGGAUGGAUAAGACCGAAGCAUUUGAGUGUACGGCUCUAUCCCGUGCCUUCUCGCCGUUUGAUUAUGAUGCGCCAAUCUAAUUCAGGCUCGGAACAAAAGAGACCUUACACUAAAAAAGUAUUCAGAAGAAAAUCUCCAAAGAAUGUAUCAUUUGGACCAAGUGUUGCUGAAGAGAGUGAUUCAGAGAACUCCAACACAGAUGACAUCCCAACCACGAAUUUGGAGACUAUGUCUGGGAAGAGUGUUGAGACAAAUGGAGCAGUGAAUGCAGCCGAGAACAAGUCGAGCACGAAUCUGGAGACUAUGGCUAGCAAUAGUGUUGAGACAAAUGGAGCAGCUGAGAAUACCGGAAACAGCAAUUUGGGCAUAAAUUUCAACAGUGUUGAGAAAAAUGGAGAAGCUGAGAAUGACAAUUCGCGAAAAUUAGUUCUUUCAAAGCAGAAUCAAUCAAUGUCCUUGAAUGCCGACGGGGGAUUGGUAAAUUCAAAUGUCCAUAUUCAGGAUUUGAUAGCAAUGAUAAGACAUGCAGAGAAGAACGUACAUCUUCUCAACCAAGCUCGAAUAUGUGCCCUAGAGGAUCUUGAGAAGAUUCUUAGUGAGAAGAAGACUUUACAAGGGGAAAUCAACUCUUUGGAAAUGAGACUAGCAGAAACUGAUGCCAGGAUUAGGGUAGCUUCACAAGAAAGGUUACAUGUGGAACUUCUUGAAGAUCAGUUAGAAAAGUUGCAAGCAGAACUUUCUAGAAGGGGUGGCACUCUUGAAAAUGUACAUGACAUUAUUCCAAAUGACGACAUCAUUCAGUCUCUUAGUGAGGAGGUAAAUCUGUUGAGGACUGAAAAUAUCUCGCUAAAGGAAGACUUGAAAGUUCUGAAAGCAGAGCUUACUGACAUGAAGGGAACAGGUGAAAGAGUGUUAUUAAUGGAGAAAGAACGUACCUACUUGGAAUCAUCUGUGAAAGAGUUGGAACGUAAAAUUACUGUUUCACAGGAAGAUGUUUCAAAACUUUCUACAUUAAAGUCAGAAUGCAAGAGUCUAUGGGAGAGAGUAGAACAUCUGCAAUCACUGCUGGACAAGGCAGCAAAACAGGCCGAUCAAGCUACUUUAGUUUUACAGGAAAAUCAAGUGUUGCGGAACAAGAUUGAAGGGAUGGAAGAAUCUCUUGAAGAGGCAAAUGUGUAUAAAAUAUCAUCAGAGAAGCUGGAAGAAUAUAAUGUUUUAAUGCAACAGAAGAUAAAACACCUGGAUGAACGUCUUCAAAGAUCUGAUGAGGAAAUUCAUUCUUAUAUACAGUUAUAUCAGGAAUCUGUGAAUGAAUUUCAGGACACUCUUACUAUUUUGAGAGAAGAAAGCAAGAAAAGCAAAUUGGCUGAGCCUGCUAAUGACAUGCCUCGUAAAUUUUGGAGCCAUAUGUUGCUUAUGAUUGAUUCAUGGUAUUUUGAGAAAAAAAUUGAAUCCGAGAAUGCAAGCCUAUUGAGAGAGAUGAUUUGGAAGAGGGAUGGACGGAUUCGUGAUGCGUACAUGGAGUGCAAAGAAAAGAACGAGCGUGAAACUAUUAGAACAUUUCUUGGACUAAUAUCAUCAGUGGAUCGUCCUGGACUGCAUGUUGUUCACAUUGCAGCGGAGAUGGCACCAGUUGCUAAGGUUGGUGGCCUUGGGGAUGUCUUGACGGGUCUUAGCAAAGCACUACAACAGAAGGGGCACCUUGUAGAAGUUAUUCUUCCAAAAUAUGAUUGCAUGCAAUAUGAGCAUGUUGAAGACUUGAGGGGCUUAGAGAUGAUGUUCGAGUCGUAUUUUGAAGGGAGGAUGUUUAAAAAUAAAGUCUGGGUUGGCACUGUGGAAGGCCUUCCUGUCUAUUUCAUUGAACCUCACCAUCCGGGCAAUUUUUUCUGGAGAGGACAGUUGUAUGGGGAACACGAUGAUUUCAGGCGUUUCUCUUACUUUAGCAGAGCAGCACUUGAGCUGUUGCUUCAACUGGGCAAGAGACCGGACAUUAUUCACUGCCAUGAUUGGCAAACAUCUUUUGUGGCUCCACUUUACUGGGAUAUAUAUGCACCAAAAGGUCUAAAUUCAGCCAGAAUCUGUUUUACAUGCCACAAUUUCGAGUAUCAAGGGACUGCACCAGCUUCAGAAUUAGCUUUAUGCGGGCUAGAUGUUAGCCACUUAAACAGGCCAGAUAGGAUGCAGGACCAUUCAGCACAUGAUAGGAUUAAUCCCCUUAAGGGUGCUAUCGUGUACUCCAAUAUUGUAACGACAGUGUCACCAACCUAUGCACAAGAGGUACGGACUGCAGAGGGAGGAAAAGGCUUGCAUUCAACCCUUAAUUCACAUUCUAAAAAGUUUGUUGGAAUUCUAAAUGGAAUUGAUACUGAUACAUGGAAUCCAGCAACUGAUAUCUAUCUUAAAGUUCAAUACAGUGCCAAUGAUCUUCAGGGUAAAAGCGACAACAAGGAAGCUUUAAGAAGGCAACUUGGGCUUUCCUCUGCUGAUGUCUGGCGACCAUUGGUUGGUUGUGUCACAAGAUUGGUUCCGCAAAAGGGUGUGCAUCUCAUAAGACAUGCAAUAUACCGAACACUGGAGCUGGGAGGACAAUUUGUACUUCUUGGUUCAAGCCCAGUUCCUCAUAUCCAGAAAGAAUUUGAGGAGAUUGCAAAUCAUUUUCAAAGUCAUGAACAUGUGAGGUUAUUAUUGAAGUAUGAUGAGUCUCUUUCCCAUUUGAUCUAUGCAGCAUCAGACAUGCUAAUCAUUCCAUCCAUCUUUGAGCCUUGCGGGCUUACACAGAUGAUAGCGAUGAAAUAUGGUUCAGUUCCGGUAGUUAGAAAAACCGGAGGCCUAAAUGACAGUGUAUUUGACAUUGAUGACGACAGUAUUCCAGUUCACUUCAGAAAUGGUUAUACAUUUUUUACAGCUGAUGAACAGGGAUUUAAUAGUGCUUUGGACCGAGCAAUUUACCACUACAAGAAUGAUAGUGACAGUUGGCAACAACUUGUGCAAAAAAACAUGAACAUAGAUUUCAGUUGGGACUCAUCAGCAUUACAAUAUGAGGAAUUAUAUCUUAAAUCUGUGGCCAGGGCAAAAGCGGCUAAUCGUUCUUAAGAUAUUGUUUAAAUUCCCAAGGUUUCUGCAUGAGAUUCAUGUCAGCAACUCAAUCUGUCCAAAGCCAGUUUUUCAGGAGCUUUGCAUUUUAAACUGACUAGAAUGGGUCUCCGAGUGAACUGAUGUCCUGUUUAAUAUGUACAUGAUUCGCACUUGACAAGAAACAGGCCAAGUUGGAAAGUAUUCUUGAAUUCUAGGCCAUAUGAAUAAUGUGAAGCUGUUAGGAGGUUAUAUUACUGACAAAGUAUGCGAAGUAUGCUUGCAGUGGCGGGAAAAGGACGGCUGUUGAAGCUGGUCAGAGAUUCUUUUGGCACCUUUUUUUGAUUUUCAAUUGAUAGAGCAUAUCCAAUCAUUUAUUUAUUAAUCUUUGUAUAUCUGUAUAUGCUGAUAGACUGACUGCUAGUGAUUUAUACUGCUCUUGCAAGGUAAUUUGGCUCGACCAAAAAUACUAUACAGGUACUGUACAUGUAGAUCCCAAAUCUUUGAUGUAUACAAGUUCAGAAGAGUUUUCAUAUGUAA